UCGGUCGAGUCAACUUUAACUUUUCAAAAUGGAAUCCGCGCUAGCAUCGAUCAAGCUUGAUGUGGAACAUUGUUCCAAGGCGUUUGAUUUUGUCAAAUUUCCAGAAAAUGUGCUGGAUCAGAUCUUCCAGUAUCUCACCGUGAAACAGCUGCUGACGAUUCGUUCCACUUGUCGCUCGUGGAAGAAGAUAUUUGAUGGAAGUUCUGCAAUGAACAGAAUAGUGCUGGAAUUCCCGGAAAAUUUAGUUCUGGAUCGGAAGUACAGUCCACCAAGCUUGGUGCCAGCGAGAAAUUUGUGUUUUUCAAAGUCGAGAAUAUCUGCAGUGGAUUCAUGGUGGCCUUCAGUUGGUGAAAGACUAAUUUAUCUCAGUGUGAAUGAUUGUCAAAUCUCGUAUGCAAUGCUGCUGAAGAUGUUGAGGCAAUGUCCCAAUUUGAACAGUUUGGAAUAUCUGUGCCCAGCUUAUCCUGCCGCGAGUGUUAGCAUUGGUGAUAUGAAAUUCGAUAAACUGGAACACCUCAAAAUCGAAAAUUCUGCAAUUUUUUAUAUUUUGUAUGAUAUUGUCAAAAUGUGUCCCAAUUUGAAGGAUUUGAAUAUGGUACAGGAAAUAAAUGCCAUGGAAUUAAUUAAACAUGUGGGUGUAUUAAAGGACAUUUUAGCCGAAAUUAAUAUAGUUGGUGUCUCAAAAGUUAUAAAUGAAAUGCAACAGUUCAAACAAUUAAAACACCUUCACAUUGAGAAUGAGGUCUUAAGUGAUCAGACCUUACGAGCAAUUGCUGCCAUCCAUCCUCGUCUUGAAACUAUUACAGUUAAUAUUACAUCAACCGGUACGGUGGAAGUGACCUUUUUAGAAGUUUUAGAAUGUUUGCAAACGCUUUCAAUCAAAUCAAAUAUAGUAAAUCAUAGGGGAUAUGUAUGCAGUAAUCAGACAUCAGUAAAUUUCACUGCAUUGAACGGUAAAAAACUAAAGAAGCUGGAACUUGUCCGCAUUCGACCCACACAUUUAAGCCUCCAACGAUUAUUAAAAGAGUCUUCAAACCUCCAAGAAAUAGUUUUAGACACAUGUCAUUUCCAAGAUUGGUCCGAGAUUUUUUCCCUCGCUGAGAAGCAAAAGAUGCUGAAACGUUUGGAAUUGAACUCAGUCAUUGUUCAAAAUGAUAAUUGUUGUCUCAGCGAAUACUUUGACAAUUUGAAGUACCUGAAGCUGAUCAAUUGUAACCUACCAAAACAACGUUUGGAAACGUUUUUCAGCUUAUGCUCUGAAUUGGAGGGUGUUGUUCUGCAAUCAAUUCAGAGUGUUGAUGACGAUGUUAUUCUAGAGUUGUUGCAAUCAUCGGAUCGGUUGAAAAAGUUAACUCUAAACAUUUGUCCCUCCGUCACUGAUGUCUCUGUAGACCACAUUGCAACUUAUGGGUUGAUGCUAAAACAACUUACGAUUACAAGCUGUCAGGGGGUUUCGGACGAUGCUUUGAAAAAUCUAAAUGUUGCUUCUAAUUAGGUUCAAUAUUGUGUAUCAGAAACUUUGCGAUGAAUAAAUAAGACCU